CGCUGAAAAGAUCCGAGUUGGUCGAGUUGGCAACGGUUGGCAGUCGGACGUCACUAAUACAAAGAUGAGAUUUUAUUUUAUUUUAUUUUUAUCAAGGGUCUGAAUUAUUGGCUUACUUAGCUAAAAUACGGUUCACUUGUAUUUAACAUUUAAAAUAUCGUUCAUUUGCAACUGAAUAAACUUUGGUGGCUUUCCCUAUUCUUAAAACUGAACAGUUUGCAUCAUAUUUCUCGCUAUACGCAAGCCAUUUACAGAACAUACGAUUCUGAGCGCUCUGUGGACUAGCAAGGGAAUAUUCAGUAACGUUAGCAGGUUGCUGCAUAUUGGCAAAUCUCAUGGACCAGUCCGUGAUUCAGCCUGAAAAAAUGGAACUGGUGGUUGUCACUCAUGUUGUUGAUGCCAUCACGUUUUGGGCUCAGAAUGUGACAGACAAAAUUAAUGAGAAGAUAAAUGUAAUGCUGACCGAAAAAUGCCCCGGCGCCCCUAUACUGAUGGGAAGACCGAGUUCACACAAGGUCUAUGGGGCACGAUAUUCAGAGGACAAGUGCUGGUACAGGUGUACUGUGCAACAGCAAUCAGAAGACAAGUUCUAUAUUUUGUACAUUGACUAUGGAAAUACAGAGAUUGUCAGUCGGUCUGAUUUAGUGGAACUCCCAGAAGAACUGCAGACAACAGGACUUGCAAAAAAGUACAAGUUCUGGCGCUUUCAUGUGUCAAGCGAGCAGGAUUCCCCGCUUUUUUCACAGGGGAAGUCCUUCCUUCACAAUAUGAUUCAUGGAAAAAAGUUGCGUGUCCAUAAAAAGUCAGUUUGCUUUGAUGGAACCAUCCUGGUUGAAGCCUUCCAGGGGAAUCUUGACAUUGGUGAGGAGCUAUUGAAAUUUAAGUUCGCCAAAGUCAGUCUCCCAGGCAACAGGGAGAACUCCCUUCCCACAGUAAACCUGCAGGAGUGCACAGGACUGUGGCCCAGCAGAAACGCCCCGGGGGAGUUGGACACACUUGGCUCUUCAUUGGGGUGCAUGCCCAAAUUGCGACCGAUAUUCUCAGACCAGAAGCCUCAAAUUAUUAAGGAGCAGAAAACCAGCGUUGCUGUCCAGCCUGUGGAGAAACUGAAUGCUGGUCAGGAACCUCUUGCUGAGAUCCAGUCCUCAAAAACUGAUGUAAAUGGACAGCAGUUGUGCUCUCAGGAUAUUGAGCAGGCGCAGAAUGAAACCGAGUCUGAACUACAGAGGAUGAGAGAGGUGAUAAAUGAUAAGGACUUGGAGAUCAAGAAGCUAAAAGAGGAAGGAAGUGCCAUCCAGCAGCAUGCAUCUCUCCUGGGGCAGCAACUAGAGGAGGCCAAAUUAGAGCUCCAGAUACUGAAGGAGAGUUAUGAGAAGACAAAGGAGACUGAACAUAAUCAUCCUACAACAUUUGCAAACAGAAUAUCCCAGCUGGCUAAGAAAGUGCAUUCUUUGAGGAAACUAAGGGAGAGUAGUCCGUGCUCCACUGAUGAAGAUCACCUGUUAGAGUCCAUCACCAUCAUCAUGAACUACAGGAUCUCAGUGCCGUUGAGCUCAGAGAGGCUGGACCUUGCGUGGAAAGCUUACGAUCAAACCUUGGAGAAUCUAAGAGGCUGUCAAACCAUGGUGGAAGUAGAGUCACUGGUGAACAUUAGGAAUGAGGCUCGAGGUGCUCUCUUAACUGCUGUAGAUGACUUCCUGCAGGAGGUGGACAAGCUGCCAAUCAAUGAACGCUUGGACAGGCUGAAGAAAGUUGCAUCCUCAUUGACGGCAAUGUUUAGCUCUGUUAUGCUGGUGGAGCAGACCGAAGAGCGCUCUUUUGAGAAGUUCUGUGAGUGGAAGGAGCACAAACAAAAGAAGAUCAAAAAUGUGCGAAAAGCUACAGAUGAAGCUCUCCUUGCUCUUAGCAGCUGGGCAACCAGGCUUAGCAAGUUUUCGUGUUUGAUGGAGAAAACAUCAAUGACCGAAGAAGAUGUUGCUGAAGGUGUGGAUGAGAUCCUGAUGAAUGCUGACAAAGCCUUGUGUGAAGAACUCAGUACUGAAUCCUCUGAACAAGAUGAUCAAGAGAGGGAAAUGGUGUGUAAUGCCUUUAAUAAAGCCAUUCAGAGCAUCCAGAGAGAACAAAGUAUGUUAAAAGCAAUCAGGCAAAAGUACGAACUCAACACACAGUUUAAGCAGAAAAUACAGCAGUGGCAGAUCGGCCCUCCUAAAGCAGACGAGCUGUUUGCGGUGAAGAAGCGCAUCAGGAGCUUGAGAUCUCAGCUGCGCUGGAAACUGGUGGAAGUCAGCUGUCUGGAGGAGGCAGAAGAGCUGGACCUGCCAGAGAUUCUUAAGAAGAAGGAGGAGAUCGCUGAGACGAGAAAUGCUCUCUUUCAAGAAAUCAGCCAUGAAAAGAAGCAAUAUAUAAUUCUGUGUGACCUCAUGAAAAGAGGCUUUCCUGAGUUACCAGUGAUCUAUCCUGAUGCAGAUAUUAAUGGCUAUAUGAGCUCUGCAGGACUGUUAAUGAAGAGCUUGGACAGAGACAUGUUUGAUGCGGACCCGAUGAGAGAGCUGAGUGGGAGGAGACCUCUUCUAAGCACAGAUUUCCAGGGACAGAAAAUAGUCCUGAAGUGCUAUGCUGUGGAUGAAGAGUCAGAGGCGAAGAUGCUUGAACAAGCCGCCCACUAUCACAGAGCUCAGCAGCAGAAUCCCACCACAACUGUUCCUCUCCUGGCGCUGUUUUGCGGCAAAUCCGAUCCACUGGCAUACGUCAUGGUACCACACUACUCUAAUGGAAGUCUCAGGGCCAUUCAGAAAUCCUCUCCACUGUCCUCUUCUGAGGUUAGGAAGGUGAUGAAGGGUGUAGCUUCGGGACUGCAGGGUCUUCAUGCAGCAUCUCUUACUCAUGCAUCUCUGCAUCCCAACAACGUGUUUGCCAUCGGCCGAGAGAAAGGCAUUGUUGGAGAUUAUGAUUUCACAAAGACACCUGAGCAAAGGGUGUCUGACAGCGGGAUGAUGGCUGGUUCCAUCAGUCUGGUGGCUCCAGAGUUGAAGCAGGGUCAGCCGCCUUCCCCAGCCAGUGAUAUGUAUGCCUUUGGAGGCAUCCUGCUCUGGCUGCAUGUUCCAGACUUCAGCGGAACUCUAGAGAGUGAGCGUCAAAAUGUAGAGUUCUGUGGUUUGGGUCUGGAUGCCACAUUGCACAAGCUCCUCUCGAAGCUGCUGAUUUCAUCUACAAGACUGUCUGCUUCUGAGGCCCUGAAGGAAGACUACUUCAUCUCAGUUGAUGUGUAAAAGUGAAUUGUAUUCAUGCUUGCGUUCUAUGCCCUUUUUAUUUAUAAUUUUCUUCUAAGAAAAAAAAAACAGAGGUGUUUGUUCAUUCCUCAAACCUUGUUUCAUGUUCCUGAAAUAAAUAAAAAUAAGUUUAUAAAGGCAGAA